UUAAACGUUUGCCGCUCUUCUCUGAUUGGCCAAGACUCUUGCCAGUGAGCUCGCGGAAUAGAAACCGGCACCUAGCAGCUAGAUAGCCGUCUUCUCCGGCAGGUCAUCGUUCAGUUUUCUCGUCUCUGGUUGUGUCGUGGACCUCGAACUCAAUAAGAUGUCUCCCAAGAUCAAGGCUGGCUCUGUGGUGGAGAUGCAGGGAGAUGAAAUGACUCGGGUCAUCUGGGAGCUCAUUAAGGAGAAACUCAUCUUUCCGUACCUGGAGCUCGACUUGCACAGCUAUGACCUUGGGAUGGAGAACCGAGAUGCAACUGACGACCGGGUGACAGUUGAGGCAGCAGAGGCAGUCCACCGUUACAAUGUGGGCAUUAAGUGCGCCACCAUCACGCCAGACGAGAAACGCGUGGAGGAGUUCAAGCUCAAGCAGAUGUGGCGCUCACCCAACGGGACCAUCCGUAACAUCCUCGGGGGCACAGUGUUCAGGGAAGCCAUCAUAUGUAAGAAUAUCCCCCGCCUGGUGUCCGGCUGGACCAAGCCCAUCAUCAUCGGCAGACAUGCCCAUGGAGAUCAGUACAAAGCCACAGACUUUGUGGUGCCUGGGCCUGGGAAAGUGGAGAUGACCUACACACCCGCAAAUGGAGAGCCUGUCAAAUAUCUGGUCCAUGAGUUUGAGGGCACAGGUGGUGUGGCCUUGGGAAUGUACAACACAGAUAAGUCCAUCAGGGAUUUUGCUAAUAGCUCUUUCCAGAUUGCUCUGUCCAAAGGCUGGCCUCUAUACCUCAGCACCAAGAACACCAUCCUGAAGAAGUACGAUGGACGCUUCAAAGACAUCUUUCAGGAGAUCUAUGAGAAAGAGUAUCGUGCUCAGUUUGAGUCCAAGGGCAUCUGGUAUGAGCACCGUCUCAUUGAUGACAUGGUGGCCCAAGCCAUGAAAUCUGAGGGAGGCUUCAUUUGGGCCUGCAAGAACUAUGAUGGAGAUGUACAGUCUGACUCUGUGGCACAAGGCUACGGCUCCCUGGGUAUGAUGACCAGUGUGCUUGUCUGUCCUGAUGGUCGUACAGUAGAGUCAGAGGCUGCCCAUGGCACAGUGACUCGACAUUACAGACUACACCAGCAGGGAAAGGAAACCUCCACCAAUCCUAUUGCCUCCAUCUUUGCCUGGACACGGGGCCUGCUUCACCGGGCAAAGCUUGAUAACAAUGCCGAGCUGCGAGUGUUCUCUGAGGCGCUGGAGGCUGUUUGCAUCGAGACCAUUGAGGCUGGUUUCAUGACCAAAGAUUUGGCUAUCUGCAUCAAAGGCCUUGCAAAUGUGAAACGUGCUGACUACUUGAACACCUUUGAGUUCCUGGACAAAUUGGCAGAGAACCUGAAGAUCAAGUUGGCAAGCCAGCCCAAGCUGUGAUUUCAUCUCCCAGCCUUCAAAGCAGUUUAACACAGACACAUAUGCAUUCAGACACAUGCUCACCCACAGAAACACCUACACAGUUACUGGAAUUUUGGGCCCCACCACCCCAUGGAAAGGGAAGAGUGCACUCAGAAUUCCAGAAUUGAAUCAAAGUCAGUCAUCAGCCAGAGAGGGUCAGUCAAGAACGAUGCCUUGUCCAGAAGAAAGCAGAAUGGAGGCUUCUGAUCACAACCUUGGAUUGCUACAAGAUAAAAUUAUGCUUGUGACAGUGACGCUGGGCCGUGACCUGAUAUCUCAGUUCCCUUGUUUACCCUAAUUGCACUCAGUUCCCCUGAAGACAUCUGUACCAUGCAGGGGGACAGUAUUGGUCUGAAAGGGCCUCUGGACCUUCACUGCCUUAUACAUUUUGUCAUCUGUUAAUUCUCUUCAUCUCUUUCACCUUGUAACUUUUUAACAAUACCUCAGGCAAGAGUUUAUGAAAUAGUGCCAGAAAAACAGAGCAAUGUCAGGCUGUACAUAACUAAUGAAAGCUCUCUGCACUGCAGGAGAGUGACAAUGCAUUCCGUGAAGGUUUUACACUAACUGUACUAUAAUACACAGAGUUUAUGAUUUGAAAACAAAUGGUAUUAAAGUACAAUACUUGCUUUUAAUUUCA